UCGACUGCGAGACUCCUACUCCAACUAAAGUACCCAACCAAGUCGCAUGUCCAACAAAAAUAUAUUUAUAGCUUAAGCGUAAGCGUCUCCAUAUACCAAACUUUAACUUCCAUUUGUUAAUUUAUUAAGUUAAUUAGUUUUAUAAUCAUGUUUGGAACACACAAGAAAUGAUCUAAUUUGUUUUGAAAUCAUAAAUAAAACAGUGCUUCGCGUAAAACAACAAACAACGCACAAAUGAGUUAAUUUUCAAAAACAUGAAACACCAUUCCAUAUAAAUUCCAUAAGAAGCUUCUUAAAUAACCUAAGCGAAAAAGUGUACUCCAAGUUUACGAAGUGUGAUACAAAAUAGAUUCUAAAAAAAAGAAGAAAAUAAAAUAAUUUCAUUACAGUGAUUAAAAAACCAUUCAACAUCUGAAACAAACAAAUUAAAACUAACAAAAUACCAUUUAAAAAAAAGCCAACUAAAAAUCAAGAACAAAUUGAAUUUCAAGACAAAGAUUGUUCGUGAUUUGUGAAGAGUUUUUCACAACAAGAACAAAAACAAAAACCACCGCAAUUCGGUUUCAAUUGAAUUCAAAUCAAAAUCAAACUCAAAGCUCACAUAAAAAUAUUCUCAGUUUCAGUUUCAGUUUGUGUUGUUUUUCUUUGUUUCUUCUUUUAUUCACAUUUUAGAGAUAUUCUAUUUUCUAUUUCUAUGAUUCUGCCUUGCGGUUGUGCUAGUAGUAGUCCACCAAGUCCAAGUCCAGUCGCUGUCGCUGUCGCAGUCGUGUAUGCGAAUUUCUCGGGGGCGUGUGCGUCGUUCUGUUGCUCUCGUUUUUAAUCUUGGCUACCUAUCUGAAAAUUUGAUUGCUACUACUGCUCCACACCACCUGAAACUAUUUCAGUGUAUCUAUCAUUGGGGUGCAUGCCAUCCCAUUCCGAUUCCCAUUAAUAGAGACCAAAUGAAAAAUUCGUGAAAGAAAAGUGUUGUUGUCAUUUUCCCUGUUUAGUUAGUUUCUACACCUAACCUACCUACCGAGUGUUUGUUUUUAAGUUUUAAUUUUCUAACGUAAACGUUAAAAAAAGGGUGAUGGGUACAAAGUCGCUGCAGCAUCCGGCUUUGCGGGGUCGCAGGGGUUGUUAUUUGUCGCUGGCUUGUUCAAUCGGUUCCAUAAGCAUCGCGUGUGGCAGCUUGCUGCAAAUACAAAAUUCCACCGAUCGAAUCUCCUUGCAGCGAGGUCUCUUCCUCACCUCAAUGGGAUUCAUCUACUUUGUCUCGCUGACAGACUUUUUCAACAAGUAUCUCUUGGAAACACCUCAAGGAAUUAAGUUUCGUAAGAAAUAUCGACUGAUGAUGUCUGAUGUCAUGGAAAUCACCAAUAAAAUUGUUUCCGCUGUUCAGGCAGCUUUCUCAUGUCUAGCUGGCUUCAUUGUUUGCAAGUCAACUUGUAGCAAAUCUUUUGUAUACGCAUCUCAUUUCUUUAUGGAAGCAUACGCCUGGUUUGGCACAGCCUACUUCAUGUAUGACAUCUGGUCAAUGUACAAAGUACACACUCAAAAAAUUUCUGAUAAACUAAAGCUUAUGAAACUAACAUCGAAUCCGGCAUUCACACCAUCGCCAACUUUAAGCCACACCACAAAUGGUCUCUAUGACAAGCAUAUUGCUGCAAAUGCUAAGAAAUCUUUUGCUGCGUCAUCAAACUCUUCCACAACUCCCUCACCAACAGCAAGUCCAAUUGAUGAAACAUCACCAUUGUUUCAUAAGCGUCAUCACGAGGAUGAAAUUUAUGAUUACGAUGGUGAACCAAUUCAGAUUCCAGAAGGUGGUAAUUGGGAUUUUCUUAAGUACGUGAUCACACAUCCAGUUAUGAUGAUACAUCAUGUCUUUAUUGGAACCUUUGGACUUCUCGUUGUAACGUACAUUCGUGGAGGUGGACAUUGCAUUUAUAGCUAUAUGUUUAUGAUGGAAUUCUCUACACCCUUUGUCUCAUUGCGCAGCAUUCUUAGUACAUUAGGAAUGAAGAAUUCACGAGCAUACAUUGCCAAUGGCCUAGUUAUGCUUGGAUCAUUUUUCCUAUGCCGUAUCGUUAUGUGGCCAUAUGUAUUUUACAAGUACAGCGAAGUGAUUAAUAGUACAUUCAUUGAUUCCAUUGCAACAUUACCCCGUGGGUGCAUCAUCAGUGUGUUAAUUCUUUUCCUUCCACAAGUCUAUUGGUUUUUCCUAAUGUUGAAAGGAGCAUUAAAGGUCUUUUUACCUUCGAAAAGCAAAUCUUUUCCCAUAACCAAGCAUAAAGAAUCUAAGAACAAUAAUCUUUCACCAAUGACAGAAGAUUCUCAACAAUUUUUGUCACCACCAAUUUUGAAAAAUGGUAAUCUUUCGAAACUAAACACUACCACCACCUCCACCAAAUCUACCACCGGGAUUGACCUUACAUCAACCACAAAUGGUAAAAAUUAGUGAUUGUCCUCUGUCCCAUGGCAAUCGUCGUUAAAUAAUUGUUUAGUAUUUUUUUUUAUUUUCUUGUUCUAAAAUCUUAAUUUAAUUAUUUAAAUCUUGUUUUUGCUUAGUUUUAUACAUAAAAUAAUUAAAAUGAAAAAAAAAAAACACAAAUGAAAUUAAAUUAUCUCAUGAAAACAUGAUGUAAGCAUAAAAGUAAUAAUAAAAAAUUAAAAUAUUUAAAAAAAGACAACUAUGUUAUAUUGAUUGUAAUAAUUUAAUAUAAUUGUAUUUAUAAUUUGCAUUAAACAAACAAAUUUUGAGGGUUAUGAUAGAAAGUUGAUCAAAGUAGAUUUUACACAUUAGAUUAUAGACGAACAAAUUAACCAUCAUUUGCAUUUGAUACGUUAGCACUUGCACCAAUGAAUAUCUCAAAAAAAUCCAAGUAGUCAUUCAAACAACAAUUUUUUAAUUUAUUUUUUGUUGAAAUUAGGAAUCCAGAUUCGGAGAACAAUUCCACAUUUUUUUUGCAACCUUUAGGACUUACUUGAGCCAAGAAGAGACCGAAAGGUCUUAACAAGUAAAGGCAAAGUUUGUUUAUAACACAACAUAGUUUAUAAAUUUUAACUGGUAGCCCCCGACUUCAUGUUAAGUUCGUAGGGCUGAAUUGAAGGUCGGUUCUCUAUGACGAUUUUUUAAAUUUUACAGGAGUUUGUUUGUCAUUAAAAAUAUUCUUCACAAAAGCAGUUCCCUUUAGUCCUAAACAUCUGGGUUCUUUCUAUUUCUGCCUAAAAACAUGCAUACAAGUUUAAAGAUAGAUAUACAUCAGGAGGCUCUACUUCUCAGCAGUCUCUUUCCGGAAAGUUAUAUGUCCAAGUUUUUUCGUAAAGUGUUGCAGUGUUUCCAACUUUUUUUAUAUCCCGCCAAAGAGAAUAUGAUCAUCCUUAAAAUUUUAAUUUGAAGAUUCAAAUAUCUAGGUUAUUCCCCACUGGUUGGAAAUUGUUUCUCUAGAUUAAUUCAGUGUACGUUCUUUUAGGUUAUAAAACUAAAAAUUCAUUUCAAAAAUGUUCCAGCUAUUUUCACCGUGAAUCUCUUUUUAUAUAAGAAAUUGGCUUAGUAUUGAAUAAAGUAGAAAAAUUUAAACACAAGAACAAUGUAAAGAAGACAUAAAUUUAUAAAGUCUUAAAUUUUCUAUUAAGACUAAUCAAAUAUGAAACCGAAAAGAGCAUUAUGAGUUCCUAAAAUUGAACUAAAAACUGUGUGAAUAAAAUAUGAAUAUCUUGAUUUUGUGACGCUAUCAUUUAAGUUGAUUUUGUGUAUACUUUCUAUUCUACCCUUAAAAUUUCCACUAAUAAGCUUUCAUUUAACAAUUCGCAAAUACAAAUAAAAAUACAUAUUUGAAUAAAAUAAAAAUGCCUACAAAUACCUGAAAAUGAUAAAAUAAAAAAUGAAGAAAAACAGUUUAUAUAUUUUAUGCACAAAUCCAAAAACUACACUUGACAAAAAUAAUAAUAAAUAUGAUUUAAAUAAUGAUAAAUAUUAGAAACAUGGUAAAUAACGAGCUUAAUGUUGCUUCGAAAACAAUCACAUUUACAUAAGCAUACUUUUUGUAAGAAAAGACAAUUGAAAUUUUAUAGUUGAAUAUACACUAAAAAGAUUGUUUAAUUUUAUGUUUAAAAUUAGCAACUCAAUUUAUUCGGCAGCGUAGCAUUAAUUUUACACUUAAAAUAAAUAAAUAGUUAUGCAAUAUGCAUAAUGCUUUGACCUUUAAACUUGGGCACUGAAAACCUUGAAUGUACAUAUUUAAAAUUCGCAUAAGUUUAAGUUUCACCAAUGAUACAUGUAAUUUAAAACAGCCACGGGUAUUUAAUUAAAGUAAAUUAAUUAAUUGAUAAAAUUACACAUUAAACAAUAUAAAGGAAACAAAAUAGGGAGUCGAGUGCCAUAAAAAUGGAAGGGUCGAUUUUAAAAAUGAUUGAAACAAGUUGCUUAUGAGAUAUCAAUAAAGUUUUAUCUUUUUGUUUGGGAGCCCAUCCAUAGAAUUAUAUGUAAAAUUUAACAUUGUUUGAAUGGCAACCGUGGUUUCGCUCUGUGGCACCCGUUCUUAAGUCCAGUUUUUGAUGGCUAUAGCGAAUAAAUGAGGUUGAAUUUGACUAUGUUGUAUUUGAGGGCCGCAGAGGUUUGCGGCUUAUUUGCAUAGACCUGGACCUUAAGAAACCCCCACAUUUAAAAGUCUGAAGAGGUCAAAUGACAUGAUCUUGGUGGCCAAUUCAAUUCGCCUUGCCACGGGAUAUCCAUGCCAUGAAAACGCUCAAUCAGAAUAUCGAUUGUGUCUUGAGCUGUGUGGACGGGAAUCUGUCUUUUUAAAACAAUAUGUUCUCGUUGUUCAUAUCAUCUAAUUGAGGCCACAAGAAGGGUUCUUUAUCAAUGUGAAAAAACAAUACAAAAUACAAGUCGUGAUAAACUUGUAGCUUGCCUGAACGAUGUAUUGUAGAUAAUAAUAUACAUUACAUUACAUUACAUUACACACUACUCAGCACAUAAAUGUACAGAGUAGAGUACACAACACCUUGAGCGACUAGACUAUGUUAGGUGAUGACAACACAUAACAGAAGUACAGAAGAAAAAGAACAACAGACAGAAAGAACACAUGACAAAAGCACACGGUAGGUUUCGAGACGGUCCUCCAUCUGUCUACUAACCACGCUUACUGAUGCUUGAUUUCGAUGAUCGAUGGGAACCGAAGCUUUAUCAGUGACUAGGCCGUUGCUAGAUAAUAAUGUUUUUAGUAGUCUUUGUACAAUAAACUGAAGGUAGGGGUUAGUUAAGUAAAGUUUUAUGACACUUGAAAUAGUAAGUAGUUGCAUUGGUCAAAAUGUACUUUCAAAGAAUUCAGUUGACUGCAAAUGAAGUCUUUUGUGUUGCCUGAACCUCCAUUAAAAGAUAAUAUUUUUACAGAAUGUAAAAGAAGCAAUGUAGCCGCCACGAGCUGCUGAGAUCAACUCUUCCCUAUUGGAACAUCCUUUAAAAGAUCGUCAUGUUACUCUCCAUUAACAAAUACAAUUUAUAAACCUCCCUUAACUAGAUUCAUUUAUUUUGUCGCUCCUUUGUUAAAUGUUGGAAAAAUUAUUCACACUCUAUACACGCUCUCAAAAAGGUCUCCAAUUCAAUUAAAUAUUCUUGGGUGUUGCCAAUACAAGUUGUUUUGGACGGAUUCAAGUCUGAAACUCAUAAAAUAAAUGCUGGGUGCCCUAGGGGCUCCAUUUUGACUCCGACCCUCUUCCUCAUUUUUAUAAAUGAUCUCCUGUCUACUACUUCUAAUCCAAUACAUUAUUUCGCUGACGAUAGCAUUCUUAGCUUUUCGUAUUCGUCUCAGACUCACAACCCUCCUCUUCGGAUAUGGAACUGUAGAGGCAAAAUAUGAUAAGCUCAUUAAAUUCCGACCGUGUUGAAUUUAAUGCUUCGAAAACGCAAUGCUGUGUUGUAAUGUUAAAGCGAGAUAAACGCUCUUUGCCACUAUCUAUGAGUGGCACUUGAAUCAACGAAACGGAAAAUCUUGACAUCCUCGGGAUGCACCUUUUGUGGAGCGGUCACAUACGCGAUGUUGUCAAAAAUGCCACACAAGAUGUCUAGGUUUUUUGAGACGUUGCAAGAAAUUUGUCUCUCCAUCUGAUCUGGCUAGAAUCUACAGAACCUAUAUACGUCCGAGACUUCAAUAUAACUCUCAUGACAGGGCUGAUUUUACAUUAACUUAUUUAAGCCUCUUGGACACUAUUCAAAGAAGAGAAGAUUGAAUGAUUGGUGACAAUAACAUCAUAAACAAGAUUACGUCACUCAACCGUCGUCGUUAAGUUUCUGUCUUACCUUUUUUUAACGUUAUUUUCAUGGACUUUGCUCUAGUGAAAUAGCCAGUUGCAUUCAACCCCUUAAACAAUUUAACCGUAAUACCUCCGCUUCUAGGAAUGCCCAUCAGUUUACCCUUGAGCCCAAAUUCAGCCGUACUAUAAAGUAUAUGGAUUUAUUUUUUAGCCGUACUACGCGAAUGUGGAAUGCCACGCUCUAUCUUUCCCUGUCAUUGCAAUGUUCAGGAAUUCAAAAUCAAUGUAAACCGACACCUGCUUUCCAACCAUUGCCUCUUUUCCUAAUGCUCACACUGUGUCUUUGGCAUAUUAAAGAUAUACAAAAUACUUUUAGUGUUCGCUAAUUAAAAAAAAAAACUGAUUUUUAAAAACGAUGUCUUAACAUCAGUUUAACAACCCAGAUAAAACUUUGUAAAUGGUUCAAAGAGAGCUGAAACUUGUGGGAUUUUAUGGGGUUAAAUUCUCAAUCUUGGGCAUAAUGCCUAAAAAAUAGGCGCCUGAGCUUAGCACCUUCAACAGUUCCAUUCCAACCCACCAAACCAAACCCAAAGGUUUGAUUGUGGUUUUCGAGUAAAUCCCAUCAAAGAACAUUUCUGGAAUUCCAUGAUUCUCUAUUUUCUUACACAAUCUGCCGAAUAAUUUGAGCUAGUUUUUAUUUAAAAUUUAUUUUUAUGGAAACAAAUUGGAAAGAUAAGGAGUAUAUGUAUUUUAAAAUAAAAUAAAAUAAAACUUUGUGAAACAAAAAAAAACAUAAAUUCACUCAUAACAACUUAAACUAUGUAUAUGUAUGUAAUUGUUGCUGUGAUAAUAUUUCACCAUGAUCUACUGCAUUCUUAUAAAUAAUUACAUAAGUUCUGCUAAGCGUAACAAAUUAAAUACAAAACAAAAAAUAGUUAUCAUACAAAAUACAAUAAAACAAAACAUAAAACAAAAUGCUUAAUGAAACAUUUGUGGGAAUAAUUUUAUAUUAAUUAUCCAAAAAGAAAAAGAAUAUAAACAAUUUUGUUCUUAAAAUAAAAACGAAACGACUGCUUCUUUCUAUACAAAAAUUGUACACAAAUUUACUUAAAAUUUUUGUCUCCAACAUUUUUAUAUUUUUUCAUUUAUAUUUUAUAUAUUUGAAAAAAAGAAAAGAAAACAAAAAAACAAGAAUCUAAUCCUAACGAAAUGCUUUUUGUUGUUAAAAUAAAGACUUAAACAAAUUUGUAGGUAAUUUUUACCUUAAAAGAACUAAAUAUAUAAAUACGAGUAAAAUUAUAUGCUGAGUGUUAAGUGUUAUUAAUUAAUAAUAAUUACAGAGUAAAAACAAAAGAACAAAACAAACUGUUUGAUAUAAAAGUCUUUAACUUUAUUCCAAUGUUUCAAAUAAUAUAUAGAAGUAUAAUAAAAUGUUAUUGUUUGUUGUCAGUGUAUUCAAUUAAAAAAUGAUACAUUCAUAUAAUAAAAUGUAUAUUUAAAUUGAAAAGAGUAAAGAUAGAGUCUCAGAAUUUGUAGAAUACAAUGUAACGAUAAGGCAGCACCAUGGCUGAUAAAAGUCUCUUACCUUUGGUAACUGUUAUUAUGUUCAAAACCUUACGAAUUCAUGAAAAAGCAAUAGAUUAUAUUUUGAAAACGAUUCAAGUCUUUCUUCAAAAACUAGUUUAAGCCCUGGCCGACAAGAUUUACUUACUGGUAAUGAAAUAACACGUUUCUAAUAGGUUUUCAUAGCCCUAAGUUAAAAAUCGACUUUUUCAGUUAUCAGGUUUGUGAGAUAGUGUUUUUUUAACCAUCUUUUUAAAACCUAUGAAAGUAUAUUCAAUUCAAGGUUUACUAAAAAACUUCAUAUAGAGUCAAAUAAAUUCUCAUAACUAAUGAGAACUUUCAGAAACUAAUUAAGAUACUAAGAUUUAAAUUGUAUCUAGAAGAAAAAGAUUUGUAACUUGCAAAAUCAUCAUACAAUUAAUUUUUAAGAGAUAUUUUGAGUUUCAACUUAGCCUUAUAAAUCACUUUUUUGAUUUUUUUUUCAAAAGACUAGAUUCUAAUUUAGGACUUGUCCUUUAAAAUGUAUUUUUUGUUUGUUCUCUCGAAAAAAAAACUUAAUUUUAUUUUAUGUCGACCAGUGUAAUUAUUCCAGUAAUAUUUCGAACUAGAAAAACUCCAAUUUUUGCCAGGUAUUGGAGAUGUAGCCAGGGACUUUCAAAAUACACGUCUGAUAGUUAUAUGGAAUGUAAAUUAGAGCAAAACCUUGAAAACGGUCAUUGAGUGGAAAAAUGUCUAGAGAUCUUAGUUUUGUCUCGGAUCUUAGAUACGUGUAGAAUAGAUGAAGUUCUGCACUCAUGAAAUCCCUGAGAUUUUAAUAAUAUGAACAUAAUACGGAUUUUAAAGUAUUUGGUCAGAACCAUCAAUCAUUUUCUAGAUUUGUGCUUAACGUAAUGUUUAUAUAGAAAAAUGUUAAAACAUAUUGGAAGCAGGACCCUCGCAGAAGGCAGCUUGACAAUUUUAUUGUUUGAAAAUUGUUCCCGUAUGAGAUUUAGUAAAUAGAAAAUGUUAACAAAAAGAAAAAAAUAAACUAAUUAAGUCUAUCCAAAAAUAAAAUAAUUAAACAUGUUAAACAAAUUGAACAAAUUAUUAUGAAUAAAUGUGUAUGAGUGAACUAUACUCAAUAAUUAUUGUAAAGUAUUUAAAUUGAACACAUACUUUAUAAUGUUAAAUAAAAAUAAAAAUGAAAACAAAAUAAAUAGAUUAUUGUGCGAAUAAGAAUGUUUGUGUGUGGCGUUGUUUGGAAAAUAAAAUACAUAAUAUUAAUUAUUA